GUCUAAGUACGUAACCUUUGGAAGUACCUUCAAGUUACCAAUUCAGUAUUAUCUACACAACAUCUGAUUGGUCGAAGCUUAUAAUGCUAAAUACGAGGCUACGCAAUCGCCGCGGUCGCGCUCAACAAAGAAAAACAGCCUUGUCCUAUUGCAUCUCUCCCGUCUAGAUUUUACAACUUUUUUGUUCUGGCGGGAUUGUGUCUCGCCGGUGUUUUAUCGAGGAUUUCAUGGUUAUUUUAUGGGGGUUAUGUGGUACUUUGAUCCUCUUAUUGACAAUGCCUUGAGGUUUCGUAAGAAAAAAAUCUCGCCGACGCAUUAAUCGUCAUUAAGAGCUUAGGACUCUUUCUAUUCUUUUCCUCCCUUUCUCUUUCUUCCUCUCCAUUUUCCAUAUAACCACCCCUUAAGUCUUCGCGCCGACAAAGGGAUUUUAUUAUUCUAUCAAUUCUGGCACGUUUUCACUAGUUAAAGUUGCCCAACACAAAUCACGAAUCUAACGCGACCAUGGCCGAUUCCGACGGUGAAUACCAAGCCGACGACGUUACUGACGACGAGUUCGGCGAUCACCAAGUGACAUCUAGUACGCGACACGGUACACGAACCCAAUCCAAAGCCGAUAAAUCUAAGAAAGGUGGACGUAAGGGCGCUAAGGCCGCUUGGGAAGGCAUACAAAGGUCGUGGGAUACAGUCGUCGAAGAUGCAGAUGGCACACUCGCUGGUGUUAUCGAGGGCCGCGCCGAAGCAGAAAAGCGUGCGCGACUUUUGAAGGAUACAACACCCCUACAACGUGGUAUAAUACGUCACUUGGUCCUAGUUCUAGACAUGUCCUUUGCUAUGCUCGAAAAGGAUAUGUUACCCAGCCGCUACGAGUUAACGAUGGCCUAUGCCUCUCAGUUCGUCCGAGAAUAUUUCGAGCAGAAUCCGAUCUCACAGUUAGCCGUAAUAGGUAUGCGGGACGGCGUCGCGAUCAGGAUCAGUGACAUGGACGGAAACCCGACUGAACACCUUGAGAAACUACAGGAUUGGAUCAAGCAGGAUCCCCAAGGAAACCCGAGUUUGCAAAAUGCCCUGGAGAUGUGCAGAGGUGCUCUAUUCCAUACACCAUCGCAUGGAACAAGAGAGGUCGUUGUUGUCUACGGAGCGUUAAUAUCAAGCGACCCGGGCGACAUACACGAGACCAUCAACUCCUUGAUUGGCGACCGUAUACGAGUGUCUAUCGUCGGACUUGCAGCACAAGUCGCUAUUUGCGAAGAGCUAUGUUCCAAGACCAACGGUGGAGAUAAUUCGAGUUAUAGCAUAGCUCUUCACGAAGAACAUUUCAAAGAUCUAUUAUUAGCGAUAACGACACCUCCGAUUACCCGAACACAGGAGCAGAACAACGCAAGCUUGCUCAUGAUGGGCUUCCCCUCGAGAACUCUCGCCGCCGGAGAUAGUAUUCACUACUGCGCAUGUCAUAACCGACCUACACGAGAAGGCUAUGCCUGUACUCGCUGCACCUCCCGUGUCUGCCGACUACCCGCCGAGUGUCCCGGUUGCGGCCUUACACUUAUUCUAUCAACGCAUUUAGCCAGAUCUUACCACCACCUCUUUCCUCUGCGCAACUGGGUCGAGGUAUCAUGGUCUGAAGCUCGCCGCUCGAAGGCGUGCUACUCGUGUCUAACGCCAUUCCCCGAAGUACCCGAAUCGAAGAAAGGAAAAGCUAGAGCCGACAAACCUAAGGACAAAGGCGCUGCUGCCGGUGCGUCGCUCCCGCCGGUCAAAGGUCUAAGCGAAUCCGGAAGAUACGCGUGCGAAGUCUGCCGUAACCAUUUUUGCAUCGACUGCGAUUUAUUCGCCCAUGAAGUUCUGCACAAUUGCCCCGGAUGCCAGAGCGAUACGAGGGGUGCGCAAAAUGCUAAUGGCAGUGCUAAUGGCAACGGCGACGCUAAUGGCGCGAUGGAAAUCGACGGAUAGGCCUUGAACGACUGAACAAGUCCACGGUCCUUUUAUAGGAGAAUGAAUAUAACAUCACCAACACAGUCAAUUAGUGAUUGGACAGAGGUAAUCUUUGGAUGACCUCGAACCUUUAGGCAUUACUGCAUAGGAAAACAAAGAGGGGCGUUGGUGGGGUCUGCAUACUGAAUGAAUGGAUAAGGGGUGUUUGCACCUAAAUUUGCUGUUUCUAGGGGACGAAUUGCUUCAUAUAGAGGGGACAGAACUCACGCUUACGAUAUGUCAAUGAAUCCAUUAGGAGUAUAGAGGAUAUCCGAAUGAAUGACAAAAAAUAGCUAGCUAU